CCUCCAGCCCCUCCGCGGUCAGCCCCUCUCCUUCAGCCCCGACCCCCGCUCCAGCCUCAGCUCCAGCAGCAGGCCGUGAUGAUUACGCCAACAUUCAGCUCUGCUCCCCCGACCAGGAUUAUCCAGCAGCCCGUCAUCUACCAGAACGCGGCCACGAGUUUCCAAGUUCUCCAGCCUCAAGUCCAGAGCCUGGUGACGACCUCCCAGGUUCAGCCAGUUACCAUCCAGCAGCAAGUGCAGACUGUGCAGGCCCAGCGAGUGCUAACGCAGGCUGCCAACGGCACCAUCCAGACGUUAACACCAGCCACAGUCCAGACGGUCGCUGCACCGCAGGUCCAGCAAGUUCCAGUUCUGGUCCAACCUCAGAUCAUAAAAACAGACUCCCUUGUCUUGACAACCCUGAAAACGGACGGUAAUCCUGUUAUGGCCGCAGUACAGAACCCAGCGCUGACAGCACUCACUGCUCCCAUUCAGACCACAGCUCUGCAGACCCUCGUUGGGAGCAAUGGGACCAUUUUGACCACAAUGCCAGUGAUGGUGGGACAAGAAAAGGUGCCUAUCAAACAAGUUCCUGGGGGUGUCAAGCAACCAGAACCACCUAAAGAAGGAGAGAGGAGAACAACUCACAACAUCAUUGAAAAGCGUUACCGGUCAUCUAUAAAUGACAAGAUCAUUGAGCUGAAGGACCUUGUCAUGGGGACAGAUGCCAAGAUGCACAAGUCUGGAGUCCUGCGAAAAGCCAUUGAUUACAUUAAAUACCUACAGCAGGCCAACCAUAAGCUGAGGCAGGAGAACAUGGUUCUGAAGCUGGCAAACCAAAAGAACAAGCUGUUGAAGGGCAUUGACCUCAGCAGUCUGGUUGACAAUGAUGUGGAUCUGAAGAUAGAUGACUUCAACCAGAAUGUGCUGCUGAUGUCUCCUCCAGCCUCUGACUCGGGAUCCCAGGCUGGCUUCUCUCCCUAUUCCAUUGACUCGGAGCCAGGAAGCCCGCUCCUUGAUGAUGCAAAGGUUAAAGAUGAGCCUGACUCUCCUCCUGUGGCCCUUGGUAUGGUGGAUCGCUCUCGAAUACUCCUCUGCGCUCUCACAUUCCUUUGCCUUUCCUUCAAUCCUCUGACAUCCCUCCUGGAUGCCCGAGGAACCCCCGAGUCCGACAGCCUGGUGCGCCACGGCUCUGGCAGGAACGUGCUGACUGUUGAGUCAGAUGCAGGUGGUUGGUUCGGCUGGAUGAUGCCCACACUGAUCCUGUGGCUCGUGAAUGGAGUGAUUGUGCUGAGCGUGUUCAUAAAGCUCCUUGUGCAUGGAGAGCCGGUGACCCGGCUGCACUCAAGAUCAUCAGUCACAUUCUGGAGGCAUCGCAAGCAAGCAGACCUGGACUUGGCACGGGGGGAUUUUGCUGCAGCUGCGUCAAACCUGCAGACUUGCUUGUCGGUACUCGGCCGAGCACUGCCGGCUUCCCGCCUGGACUUGGCCUGCAGCCUGUCCUGGAACGUGAUCCGCUACAGCCUGCAGAAGCUGGCGCUGGUGCGGUGGCUGCUGAAGAGGACUUCUCAUCAGUGGAGGGCGAGGGAGGCCACUGCAGGCUUUGAGGACGAGGCCAAGACCAGCGCUCGGGAUGCGGCUCUAGCAUAUCACAAGCUCCAUCAGCUCCACAUAACGGGUAAACUUCCCUCCAGCUCAGCUUACUCAGGUUUGCACAUGGCCCUGUGUGCUGUGAAUCUGGCAGAGUGUGCAGAAGAAAAGAUCCCAGCCAGCACAAUGGCAGAAAUCCACCUGACGGCUGCGGUUGGCUUGAAAACUCGCUGUGGAGGCAAGCUUGGCUUCCUGGCGAGCUACUUUCUAAGCCAAGCUCAAAGCCUGUGCAGCUCAGAGCGGAGCGCCAUUCCUGACUCAUUGCGUUGGCUGUGCCAUCCCCUGGGACAGAAGUUUUUUGUGGAGCGAAGCUGGACAGUGAAGUCUGCUGCAAAGGAGAGUCUGUACUGCACACAAAGGAAUCCUGCGGAUCCCAUUGCACAAGUUCAUCAGGCAUUUUGUGAGAACCUGCUAGAGCGAGCAGUGGAUUCACUUGUGAAACCUCAGACUAGGAAGGAGAUAGCGGGACAAGAGGAGGAGGAGCCAUGCGAGUUCUCCGGUGCCAUAGAGUACCUGAAACUGCUCAACUCUUUCUUGGACUCAAUGGGAAGUGGAGCCCCACCCUUUGCCAGCAGUUCUGUACUCAGGUCCACCCUGG